CCGUCCUGGGUUAAACAAAGCCCAUCAUGGGAAGCUGCUCCUGCCCGGGCUCGGGAAGGGAGAGCUGGGGGUUCCCCAGCCCCUCAUCAGCGCUAAUUAAUCUUUGACUUUUAAAAUUGGGCCUGUGGUUGAUGCCGAGCCCGCCCCGCUCAGCUCCCGCAGCUCCGUCCUCACCCAGAAAAGCAAACGUGACCCCGCAGCACCCGCUGAGCCCCGCCGGGGCCGCGGCCGGUGAUUCAGCGCGGCUGCCCGGGCUCUGUUGACUCUGGCAGGGCUAUAAGAGCCUGGCACGGCCCGGGCACGGCCACCCUGCCUCGCCAGAGCCUGGCACGGCCUGGGCACAGCCUCGCCAUGCGGCGCUCGCUGCUCCUGGCCGCGCUCUGCCUGGCCCUGGCCGGCGCCCUCCGCAGGGUGCCCCUGAGCCGGCGCCGCUCCCUGCGGAAGCUGCUGCGGGACCGGGGGCGACCCUGGCACCUCUGGAGAGCGCAGGAGGGGCGGGACGAGAGCAGCGAGGACUGCGCCGCCUUCUCGGAGACCAACGAGCCCCUCCUCAACUACCUGGAUAUGGAGUAUUUUGGGCAGAUCUCCAUCGGGACCCCACCCCAGAAUUUCACCGUGGUGUUCGACACGGGCUCCUCCAACCUCUGGGUGCCUUCUGUUUACUGUGUCAGCAAAGCCUGCGCUCAGCACACCAGGUUCCACCCAACCCAGUCCAGCACCUACCAGGUGAUCGGGACCCCCUUCUCCAUCCAGUACGGCACCGGCAGCAUGACAGGGAUCAUCGGCUCCGACCAAGUGACCGUCGAGGGGCUGACCGUCAGCAACCAGCAGUUUGCAGAGAGCAUCAGCGAGCCCGGAAAAACCUUCCUGGAUGCUGAGUUCGACGGGAUCCUGGGGCUGGCCUACCCCUCCCUGGCCGUGGACGGGGUCACCCCUGUGUUUGACAACAUGAUGGCCCAGGACCUGGUGGAGCUGCCCAUUUUCUCCGUCUACAUGAGCUCGGACCCCCAGUCCCCCCUGGGAGGAGAGCUGCUUUUUGGGGGCUUUGACACCUCCCGCUUCACGGGGACCCUGAACUGGGUGCCGGUCACCCAGCAGGGCUACUGGCAGAUCCAGCUGGACAACAUCCAGCUGGGUGGGACAGUGACCUUCUGCGCCGAGGGCUGCCAGGCCAUCGUGGACACCGGCACCUCGCUCAUCGCCGGCCCCACCAAGGAGAUCAAAGAGCUGCAGAAGCUCAUUGGGGCCGUGUCUGUGGAUGGAGUGUACGCCGUGGAGUGCAGCAACCUGGACGUGAUGCCCGAGCUGACCUUCACCAUCAACGGGCUGCCCUACACGCUCAGCGCCCAGGCUUACACCCUCAUGGAGAGCAGCGAUGGCAUCACCUUCUGCACCAGCGGCUUCCAGGGGAACGACGUGCCCCCUCCCACGGGCCCCCUCUGGAUUUUGGGUGAUGUUUUCAUCCGGCAGUUCUACUCCGUCUUCGACCGGGGCAACAACAUGGUGGGGUUGGCCCCUGCUGUCCCCUAGGGCUGUGACACCCGUGGGGCAGGAGAGGAACGGACCUUGGAGGGCAGUGGGUGUCAACCUGUCCUCCUCGGUGUCCCCAGGGGGAUGGAGGCGCCCAGGGGUGCAGCUGGAGAGCCCAGCAGGGGUUCAGGCCACGCCAGGACACUGUGAUGCACAAAGGCCUCGAGCAGCUCCGUGAUCUGCUCUGCACCUUCUCUGGUUUUGAAUCCUGAGCCAAUAAAAGCUUUAAUA